AUGGCGACAUCCAGGUACCAAGCACAUGACAUACCGUCACAACUCUUUAUCAACAACAAGUAUGUCGACGCAACAAGCAAAGAGACCUUGACCUUGGUCAAUCCCUUCGACGAUUCCAUCAUCCACACGGGCAUCCAGACGGCAGGCCGGGAGGACGUAGAUGCCGCAGUAGCAGCUGCCCAUCGUGCACGGAAGCAAGGACCAUGGAGUACAUUCUCUGGUGCCCAGAGGCAGGCGUGCCUUCUCAAAUUUGCCGAACUGGCCGAGCAGAACGCCGAUCGUCUGGCAACACUUGAAUCUCUGCCGUCCGGCAAGCCGGUGACCAUGCUGAAGAUGUUCGACAUUGCUCACAUGGUCCAGGUCUACCGGUACUACGCUGGCAUGGCUGACAAGAUCAGCGGCGAUUCUUAUCCUGAGGAGAAUGGCGUUUACAAGAUCGUGAGAUACGAGCCCCUUGGUGUGUGUGCGGGCAUCGCUUCGUGGAAUGCGACCUUCCUGUACAUUGGCUGGAAGAUGGCACCGGCUUUGGCCGCAGGGAACUGCUUCAUCUUCAAGGCCUCCGAGAAGUCACCCCUGGGUGCGUUGGCGCUUGGAUCCCUCUUCGCGGAAGCUGGCUUUCCCCCCGGUGUCGUCCAAUUUGUCUCCGGCGCCCGGUCAACAGGAGAGGCGCUGGCGUCCCAUCCGAGUAUUGCAAAGAUCAGCUUUACCGGCUCUGUGGACGCUGGCCGAGCUAUUCAAGAGUUGGCAGUAAGGAGCAACAUGAAACGGGUUACACUGGAGUUGGGUGGGAAAUCGCCGGCCAUCGUGUUUGACGAUGCCUCUUUUGAGGCCACUGUGCAGAGCGUUGCUGGCGGUUUCCUCGCUAAUUCCGGCCAAAUCUGCGUCGAAAAGUUCAUUGCUGCUGCGAAAACAGUCUUUGAGGCUGCUGCCAAGGGACUUGGCCAGGACCCAUUGAAUCCGUCCACCGAACACGGGCCAGUAGUAGACAAGGGCCACUUUGACCGCGUCAUGUCUUAUGUCGAAGUCGGAAAGCAAAGUGCAACUCUUUUAACCGGAGGCUGCCAGAAAGGCGCAAAGGGCCAAUUCAUCGAGCCAGCACUCUUCGUCAAUCCGCAAAAGGACAGCCGCAUCGUUCGGGAAGAGAUAUUCGGACCUGUUCUGACCGUUCAGACGUUCAAUACGGAAGACGAAGCAAUAGAAUUAGCUAACGACAGUUCAUUUGGGCUCGCAGCUAACGUAUAUACCAAUGACCUGGGCCGCGCUCUACGUGUUUCAAGCAAGCUCGAGAGCGGUGGCGUGUCAAUCAAUUCGCCGUACUUGCCAGAGUUGAACACUGCUUUCGGGGGUACCAAGCAAAGUGGAAACGGCAGGGAGCUCGGAAAAUACGGUUUAUAUGAGUACCUGGAGCCAAAGAGUGUUCACGUCAAGUAA